AUGGAUCCAAGGAGCGUGAACUUUGCGAAGAAGGAAAAGGCUCAACAAUGGCGGAAUUGGAGAGAGAGAGAGAGAGAGAGAGAGAGAGAGAGAGUGUGCUUAAGUGCAUUUAUUGUUCCUUCUUCUCAAAGCAGAGAUGAGAGAUGAAGUAAAAGAAAGGAUAUCAAUUCCGUUUUAACGACGUCAGUGACACGGUUUAAGCAACCUGAUUUUAGUUCCGGUUUGACGAAUUAAUAUUUUCAGUUUUUGUAUAGAUUAAAAAAAACUACAUUUAAAUAUUUUUUUUACUAAUUU